AUGCCGCAACUGACAGUGUUCAUCACCUUCAAGGUCGAUCCCAACAAGAUCGAAGAGUGGAAAGAAGCGCAUCGACCAGUCUGGAGUGCCUGCGCGCAGGAGAAAGAAUGCCUUCUCUUCGACAUCUGUCAAGAUCCCAAGGAACCUGGAACAUUUCGCUUUGUGGAAGUCUGGGCGAAGGAUCGAACUUGGUUUGAGAAUGAACAGAUGACGAAGCCAUAUUACGCUACCAUGUUCCCAAAAUCGGAGAAGACGUGGACGGCUCCGCCGCAGAUGGAGUUUUUUGAGAGGGAUGGAGAGGCGAGCAUCUACCGACAGGAGUAUUUAGACGUCGGAACGAAGAUGGGGUGA